AUGGCCGUGCUGCCGGACUUCGCCUUACUCGCGAGACGCGCUUUCAAAGACUACGCCUCACAACUAGAAGGGCUGAAGCUCAGAUGUCAAUGGGUGACUGCAUUCAACUCAACUGUCUGGCUACCACUCAUUUCGGACAAGUCCCCCGCAGUAACACCGCCCGGACACCUCCUGCCAGAACACCUGCUCGACAUCAAUUUUCCCCUAUGGCGGAUUUGGGCGUCUUGGAAACCGGAUCUGAAUAAAAUAAAGCUCCUGGACGGCUUGGACGGCGCUAAGCGCGGGGUACUCCCCGAUCUGCUUGCUUUGGAAGGUCCAGAUUUUAUUGGUGGCAAGCAUACAACCCUCAGAGAAGGUUUAGUUGCAGGAUAUGGAGGUAUAAAACCAAUAGUUCGGUUUCGAAGCCUAAUUCUCGAAGUAUCUACGUCGAAAAAGGAGGACUUAGCGGAGACGAUAGAGCGUGUAUCGGAUGCACUAGAAGUCGCAUGCAAAGGGAGUGAGAGCGCAUUCCGGCUCUUCGUUCAACUCACCAUCGCUCGACCUAUUACGAAGGAGGCUUUAGAGGUUCUCGAAGCAGUUUCCAAGAUUCCAGAUACGCCAAAUUUUCCAAUAAACGACGCGGUCUUGCAGAUAUAUCUUUCACAACCAAAGAUUGGUGGUAGACAUAUAUCUGCACUUUCGCAUCUCCUACCAGCUUUAGAUAAUCCUCGAGGAGAAGACCUUUGCAAGGUUAUGCUAAAGCCUUGGCUUAUCCAUGGGAUCGAGAAGUGUAUACGAGACUGUCAGGCGGCUGUACGGACACAUAUUGAUACCGGGCUCGCAUGGACACAUCUAGCAAAAGAGUUCCAUGCCUUCUAUGUCAUCGUCAAAGACUCUGCCACUUGUCUCCCGUUCUUAGAUACAAGCGUACGGGUACAGCUAGAUAUACUCCCAUCUAAGGAUAUACUGGAAGCUGUCAUCGACAUUUACCGUGUUGCCGGAGGCGAGAAAGUCAUCGAAGUCGGUCCAGGUGCUGUAUUGAAAGAUUCACUUGAAGCGUUCUGCAUAGACCGUCUGCUACAGCGGAACUUCAUUACUUAUGCCCACCAAAAGACAGUCGACGCUAUACUACAAGUAUGGCAAGGGACGAAGUGUUCCGAGCGACGAUUGUUAGCAUUAUUUGCAGCGAAGAGUAUCGGCGGCACUGAUUUCGUCCUCCGCUGCAGAUGCAUAACCCAAAUCCCCGGUCUCUCUAGUGAAUUCAUCAAGGAACUACUUGCUAUUAUCCAGGAGUCGAAGACGAGACCAGAGCCGAGUUGUGUUAAAUUCACCAAAUUCCUAGCAAGAACGCCGCAGAUCGAAGCCGUGGAAUGCUGGCGCGAACUAUUGUACAAAAUGAUUGAGCGGACUUCGGCAACACUAGUAGAAUACACAUUGCAUCAUUUCAAAGCAUACGAAUGGUUACAGUGGAUGCUGGAACUGAACACCAUUUUCGCAGACACGAUUACGAAUUCUAAGAUCCCUGCCCCGCCGGCGCUGCAAUCGAGUCUUCAUCUUUGGGCUCAACAGCUUUCGGAAUUCAUACCCACGAUUACCCGACUUGAGGAAGCAUUGGGUGACAACCAUCCAGCCGUCCACUGCAUUCUCAAAGGAAGAAAUGCAUCUGAGGUCUCGGACUGCGUGCGAGCGCUCAUUUCGACGAACCCGAAGGGACUGGACGCUUGCCAGAGGAUAAUAGAUUCGGACGAAGACAAAGAUGUGCCAAAGGAUAUGACAAUUACGGAUAAAUCCGCGAUAAAAGCAAUGGCAUUUCUGUUGGGUCUCGAGAUGCAUGAGGACAAAGUCCCCGACGAGAAACUUGCGACGGCAAUGAAGUAUUACGAAGAUGUGGAGGCGGAGAUUCUUGAGGAAGCAGCACGUUUGGAGGGCAUUCAGAGAGCAUUGAAAGCACAGGAUCCGCUUGGGACGGCGCUCUUCCUCCAGUCGAUUGGUGUUCAGGAUACAAGCGCCCUAGAGGAAGAGCUGGAAGCACUUCCGGCUGGAGUUAUCGAUGCUGUUGAGAGACAAGGACACAAUGAAGUGGAAAUCAGCUUCCCAUUGACAUCCUUCACAGAGCUUCAACGGAACGCUAUGGGAUCGGGAACAGCAAAGACCUUACUGGUGCACCUUUUCCUUGACUAUACCGGGGAUAUGCCGGCUACUUUUUGUGUUCAUCUAGACAACGAACCAGAUCGGGAAGAGACCAGAACAGAUCACGCUCCAUGGGUGUGCUUAGAGGGAUCGAAGGAACCUAUCGACCCAGUGUGCCACGGUCGAAGCACAGCACUAACAUGGCAGAUGAACCGCAUCCUCCAUCGACACCUCAGAACCAGCACUAUCGCGAUCGCCCCCCUCCAUGAAUUCAUCAAGAAGAGACUACAGGACAUGGCCCACUGCUGUAUCAUCUGUGGUAUUACGCACAACGCGCGGCACACACGCCUCCGGCGCUCAACACCUUGCACCCUCUGGGCUUGCGCACACAUUUGGAACAAUGUGCCCCUCGAAGUCCGCAUCCCAGAGCUCCGCACCGACCCAUUCGCAAUCGACAUGCUGCUCACGGGCGUCUACGCAGCCGCCAUGAGC